AUGUUAACCGUGGUAGCCCUUAGUUAUGUCGAAGGUCAAACUGAAACUGUGCUAGAUGACACGGAAUAUCCCGGAAUGCCGGAAAUGGUCAUCCAGAAUGGAUAUCCCGUGGAAAAUCAUGUGGUUACAACUUCGGAUGGAUAUGUACUAACAAUGCAUCGUAUACCUCAUGGAAAAGUUCCCGACGAUACAAAGAGGCCGGUUGUAUUUCUUCAACACGCACUUUUUAGUUCUUCAGCAGACUGGGUUGUCGUCGGACCUGCACGCGCUUUGGGAUAUCUCCUUGCUGAUCAUGGUUAUGAUGUCUGGAUGGGAAAUGCCAGAGGAAAUACAUAUUCUAGGGAACACGAAAUCCUUGAUCCUAAUUCAGAAGAAUUUUGGGAUUUCAGUUGGCACGAAAUAGGAAUUUAUGACUUAAGUGCCAUGUUGGACUACGUUACGACCAAUACAGGAUUAGCCAAAGUUCAUUACGUUGGCCACGCUCAAGGAGUAACUUCCCUUUUAGUUUUGCUUUCCAUUCUAACUGACUACAACAACUACUUCCUUUCAAUUUCUGCUUUGUCACCCGUAGCGUAUAUGUAUCACUGUAAAAGUCCUAUUAUGCGUGCUUUGGCAUUAUUACAGCUUCCUAUGGAAGUACUCAUUGCCAUUUCAGGAAACGGUGAAUUUAUACUAAGUAGUGAAUUGAUACAAUCAACAAACUCUGUAACAUGUAUGAAUGGUUCACCAGUCCAGGAGGUUUGUGCUAAUAUUAUCUUCCUCAUGAGUGGUUACGAUUCUGAACAACUCAAUCGAACUGAACUACCAGCUAUAAUGUCGAACUUACCUGCUCCAGUUUCAAAUAGACAAAUUAUUCACUUCAGCCAGAGCAUUAAUGUCAACAAUUUCCGGCAAUAUGACUAUGGACCAAUAGAAAAUUUGGACAAAUAUGGGACACUAACUCCACCAGAAUAUGCUCUUGAAAAAAUCACUGCUGCUAUUGGUCUAUUCUAUGGUAAGAACGACUGGAUAGCUGAUGUUGUAGAUGUUGAGCAUUUAUAUUCUAAACUACCUAAUGUAGUUAAAUAUCAUGAGGUGCCUUAUGACAAAUUCACUCACCUUGAUUUUCUAUAUGCUAUCGAUGUUAAGCCUUUGUUCUAUGACGAUUUGAUUGCAUUUAUUGACAGUAGCAAUAUCUGAAUCAUGUAAAA